UCCCAACCACUCCCUCCCUGGUGGAAGUAAUAGUCGACCAAAAUCUUUGCACGAAAACUAAUUUUAUGAUGAUUUUACGGCCGAACUAAAGCAACUAUCGAUCGACCAAGCUGUCUAAGCCGUUAUACACGGCUUCUGUAACAAUAUGAGUGAAUUAUUAGUGUGUUUUCCUUGCUGUUUAACUUCACGACCUCAACCAAGACCUGCUAGACCGAGAAUAGAUAGAAGUAUGAUAGGUUUACCUACAAAUUUUAGGCACACAGGACAUAUAGGGUCUGGCGAUAUGGCUUCAGGCACUGAUCUAAAUCAAGUACAGUCACAAAUGCAGUCCAAAGGGGGCUACAACUACCAACAACAAAACGUUGCUGGAACUCCAGAUGGAAUUUUAGUUGGAAGUCCCUGAUAGAAUCGCAGGAACCUCAAGUUGAUGUACAGAUAAUAUGAAGAUGUUACACAUAUAAUUACAAAGUUUUGUCAUAUAGACAACAAAAUGUACUUUAAAACAAAAAUCAAAGUCAAUAACGUAUACUCAUCUAAAUCUCAUUUUAAAAGAACUUCCGAAUAAUUUACACAUCUAACACUAGUGAACAAGUCGUAGUAGUUCCAUUACAAUUACAGAUUCUACAAGUGCAUCAACGUCUCUGCUUUGCAGCUAGUUUUUGGGCUGGGAUUCUUGUGGUUUUCCCAUGACCCAAAAAGUGACUGUAAUGCAGUUUUAAUGCCCUAGYUCUUGGGAUUAAACUUGUGCAACUCAAAAAAUAAGUUGCCUCAAGAAUAGGGGAGAGGUUUAAUAAUCAUUGACAAGUUUAAGGCUGUGAGAGACUGGUUAUGAAUCCCUUAAUGAUAGGCAGGAUGAUAAAAGAUAGACAGCAUUGUGAUAUGCAAAAUCCUAAUGUUUGCUGUUAGUUAGAUUUGUCAACAUUUUAAUUGAAUGGAUAGUGGAAGAUGUACACAUGAUGUGAUUGACACCAAAUUUGGGAUUUUGCAUGCCACAUUUAUCGUUUUCACUAAGCGCAUCUAAGGUUGUCCUCAUGAGAUUCCUAGCCAGUCUCCCAUGACCUAAGACUUGGUAAUGAUGUAAGCAUCGACAUGCUCUACAUCUGAUUUCCAAAAAAAAUCAACUCUUUCUGAAAUGARUGCAACAUAAUGAUAGUAAAAAGCAUCCAGAAUUGCAGGCAUGAAACAAUCAAAUCACAAUUACAAUAAUUUGCAAUUCUUUAGCUUUGUCCAGAAAYAGUACAGUCUGUGAACACGUGAAACACACGCAAAAAGGAUUUAAUUGAAUGCUUUAUCCRUUCUACUUGCAUCGUAGACAAUUUUUGUCUUUAUCAAUUUGCUCAUUUAAUUUCACGGGGAUAUGGAAUGUGCUUUAUCUAAACAGGAUAGACACUGUUCUGGAAAACACAAAUUCAGAAAGACAUGAAAAGGUAUCCAUGGAAAGAUAGGCACUGCUAAAUGGUGUUGAUCAUAAGGCAUUCUCAUACCCAAACCUCUUUGCUCGCCAUCAGAGAUCAGAGCCUCGGGGAAACCCUGGAAAACUGGGUGUGCAGUUGCCAGCAUUCAUUGUUUUAUUAGAGCUUUUUUAUUUUUUCAAUUUGAAUUAGCCAAUCAUAUGGCUUGGAAUGACAAGGUUUCCAGAGCCUAGGGAACAUAGAGGGGUUUGGCUAUGAGAAUGAAGAUAUGCUAGACUCAGACUUCUCUUCCUCACUUAGCAGUYCCUAGGUUUCCAUUGAAUAGGAUAGUGACUCUGUGAUACAGGCUUACCAAGGUUGKUCUUGGUUGACUGAUAGUCAUGAAUCGUUUUGUACAGAUAGUCUAGCAGACCUAGCUGUGUUAGGGUGCUUGACAGGAUAGUUUUGUAUUGAUGUACAUUCACUAUGAAAAGCAGUCAUUUUAGUGAUUAAUUUAUAAAUUAAUAAAUAUGAAAAUCUGAA